CACAGACACAAGGUCACUCAACCCCAUAUUCUCAGUAAUUUCGUCAAGAACCUUACAUUCUGACAUCGUCAACAGCAUCUUGCGGACUUUUACAAGCUACCCACAUCGCUCAUCAAACCACUGUUAGUUUCCGCCGCCCGCACCGAGUCCUAUGGCAUCUCUUUAGUUGCAACCUGGCCUGGUCCUAACCCUUAUCAUAGCGCAUUAACGCACAGCUUUUGCUACCCAACCAAGCUCCUAUUCAGCCGUCAAUAUGUCUGCCCAGGAUCGCGUCCAGAACUACAUCGGCCAGCUCGACCGUGAGCUGUCCAAGUACCCCGCCUUGAACAACAUCGAGAAGUCGACCAACGUUCCCAAGGCCUACGCCGUCAUCGGCGUUGCUUCCCUCUACUUCUUCCUUAUCAUCUUCAACUUGGGUGGUCAACUCUUGACCAACUUCGCCGGCUUCGUCAUUCCCGGCUACUACUCCCUCAACGCCCUGUUCACCGCCAGCAAGCAGGACGAUACCCAGUGGUUGACAUACUGGGUCGUCUUUGCCUUCUUCACCGUUGCUGAGAGCCUGGUGAACGUUGUUUACUGGUUCCCCUUCUACUUCACCUUCAAGUUUGUUUUCCUGCUGUGGCUCGCUCUGCCCACCUUCCGUGGUGCUGAGAUUAUCUUCAACUCCUUCCUCUCCCCCAUGCUCGCCAAGCACUUCGCCGGUGCCUCUACCGCUUCCGGCCUCCGUGCUCAGGCUGGCAAGGCCGAGUAAGCGGGCCCCAGCGCCAGCUCAUCAAAUAGGUCGAUUGCCUUGAGAGAUCCACCUUGAAAGAGUUAUACAGCUGGCCCGGCUUCAUCCCAGUGGUAAUCGCAAGCUAGUCAAAUGGACGUUAUGCAGCGACCUAGAGCACAAAGAGGACGGGAUGGAGUGUCAGAGGCUAGCAUUACCACACUAUCAGACAACGGUGAUGGCUUGUUUAGGUUUGGUCGGGGGCUCCAGGAACGCGAGAGCCACGAUGAACGGUUAAACCAGUUCCUGUUACCCCAUUUAAAGUUACUGUAUGCUACGGAAUACGGAGUCAAUGACUUCUGCAAUGGACUAGAGACAGUACAUGAUGCUAAGAAACUCUCGUGCGACAUGCGUUGCCACCGUCUCCCAUUGAAUUCGGUUCCUUGAUGAAAAUGUGGAAACAUAUACAAGCGUUGUGCGGGAUUAAGUGUGGUGGCUUCGAGACAAAGAGAUAGUCGAGAUGCCAUACAUGUUUCUUUUGUCAUGGGCAACUAAAGCAACAAGCCGUCGAGUGGGCAUCUUGCAUCAAAGGUGCUAGACCCUGACAUAGACCACAUACCAACGCUGCUGCUCAGCGUCGUACAAGACCGUCUCGCAUGGGUAAAGUCGAGUCCGAGACUGUGGAGGUCAUAAGAGGAACCAUGAUUCGAGCAUUACUCAUACCAGUCGGCAUGUCAUUGCUGCUGCCCGCUGUCAUCUCGUUGCCCCAUUGACGCAAGAAUCCGGACUGGAAUUGCUGCACAUCACCGGAACAACUUAACGGAGGCAGCAAGGCGGCAUAUUUGGGGCAAUCUGCAGCGUUCCUGGUCCCUGGUCUUUCGGCCUCUUUUCGCUUUUUGUUGCAGAAAAGCGGUUCAAUCAGCUGGCCAGGCCUCGAUAUCGAGCCCGCCAGCGCAAGAUGUGGUGUAGCGUGAACUUUGACCCGCGAGUUCAAUGCCUG